GCAGAACGUCGUCGGACGGUCAGACGUGCCAGAAGCAAGAUGGCCGCUGCGGUGAACGUACCGCGCGACAAGCACAUGGCCGAAGCGAUCUCAUCAGAUGAGUCCGAGCGGUGUAAAACUGACAGGAUGAAUACCACUAUACUCGACAAUUUCAACAAGCUGAAGGAUGGUAACGACUCCGUGAGAUUGAAUGCCGGAGUCGCGCUAUUGAAUUACCUACAUCAACAUAAUACAGUUGAGGAUAACAAGGAAUUGAAUUACACGCUGAACAGACUGGUGCGCACUCUGGGUUCCUCGAUGAUGAUCACCAGGAAAGGUACGUACAGCACUCUGACGGUCUUCCUGAUGAUGCAUCCCGACACACCAGUACAGAAACUUCUGUCCAUAAUGAACACCCAACUACAACCGGCUAGCGGCAAUGCUAAAAGUGAGAAUGCCGACAUAUACAUGGGACGUAUAUUGUUAUGCGGUGCAUUGAUAAGGUCAAAGUUACUCGCUCGCAAUAGCGUUGAGACCCAACAGCAGAUUACAGAGAUCUUGCUGAAUGCUGGUAGACAACGCAGUUAUCUGUCAUUUAUCUCUGUUAUAUUUCUUAGUGAGUUUGUUGACCAGCUUGAUAGUGAAUCUAUGAAGAAUGUUUGGCCACUUGUUGAGAAGGAAAUCAGCAAGCCAUGGUCUGAGCAAACUUUGGAUACAUUUUAUGUGUUGCUUAUCAUUAAGGAUAAAUAUCCGUCGCUGGUUAAUCAUAAAUUCUUAAAGGAACACUUGGGUGUGAAAGAAAUUAUUACGAAAGAGUCUAUGGAAAAUAUAGUUAAACUAUUAACGGCUUUACCUAGAAUUAUUUCUUAUCAACAUCCAGUAUUCAAACUAUUUUGUGAAAAGCUGGUGGCGACCGAACUUGUGGCAGAUUUCUGGAAAGGCAUUGAUCAAAAAUUUAUAAAACCAUCAAUGAGCGAUGAAUAUAUCGCUGUAGAAAUUUUACGACUGAUACUUCUUAACAUCACAGAUAAAACUGUAAUUCCAUCGUUAUUAUCUUCUAAUCUUUUGCAACACAUGUUAAAAAGAUUUUCAAAUUGUAAGAGAAACAAGAACGAUAUAGUUUUGAUAGCCUUCAGAAAAGUUUUACAUUUGAUAGUGUCUGCUACAAAUGAUGAUGAUAUGAAGACAAAGACACAGCUGAGUAUAUUGAAAAAGCUCAUAUUGCAUCCUGGUGACUUGAUGAUAGAAAAGAAGACUGGUGUCAAAGUGAUCCAAAUAAUUACAGGAAAUCUGAGGAUAGACGGUGUCAAGAAAUUGUGCCAACUGUACAGAGACAUUAUAGAAAAUAAGAUAACUAAAGAAAGAGAAGAUACAAAGGCGGAAUCAUGGACAAAUGCCGAGCGAAGUUACGCAGCACAGCUAUUAACAAAAUUAAUGGGUCGUCAGGAGACAGUCUCAGAUCAGGAUUGGAGACUUGAGCAAUUAAUGUUCUUGUUCAAUAAUGGACUGUGUGAAGUGUCAAAUGUUGGAAUAGAAUUAACGCAACAAUUAAAAGAUUCCUUUUAUCGCGCUUUGGAUCAUAAAUUACCAAAGUUGGAUAAUGUACGAAAUCUAUUAAGCGUGCUCGUUCAUGAUAUAGAUUCGAAGUUGCAAUCCAACUCGAUACGAUUAAGAUCGCCAUUAAACGACGCAGCGUCCGAUGCUUGGAAAAAAGUGAUAAACUUGAUUGAAAAACUAGAGAAAAAUACCAAAAAUUUGGAAGCUUUGCCGAUAUUUCAUACAAUGAAUUUACAUAUGGGUUUGCAGUUAUUCUCAGAUCCUGAAACAGCGAUUAUGUCGAUCGAUGAGCUUCAGUGUUGUUACGAGAGAUUAAAUAAAAAAUCCAAGGGACAUAAAAAGCUCAAUAACGUAAUUGCGGAACAGGAACCAGAAUGGGUUGAAGUAGUAGUAGAUCUUUUGUUAUCUCUUUUAUCCAAAAACGAUCAUUUAUUCCGUUCGAUAGUUGUCUGUGUAUUUCCACAUAUCUGCCCGCAUUUGACUGCAUCUGUAGUUCAUCAGAUAUUGGCCGUAUUAGAUAUAAAAAAUACUGAAAAGACACUCACAACAAAGCGAAAUGAUGAAGAAGAUUCUUCGGGUAUUGAAAACGACUCGGAUAAUAGCGAGAACGAGGAGCAGGAGGAAAAUGAUGAAGAUAUAUCGGAAAGUGAAUCCGAGUCCGACGAAAAUAAGGAUGAGAAUGAAGACGAAGAUGAGGAUGAAACAGUGACCGAUAAAUUGAGAAUGGCACUACGUCAAGCUCUAGGUGAUGCCGCGAUGCAAACCGACGACGAGGACAUUGACGUAGAUGAGAUAGACGAGGAAGAGGGCAAGCGAUUGGACGAAUCGUUAGCGGCAGCUUUUAAAAUCUUGCGAGAAAAUCGUCAAGUUCGUUCAAAGAAGCAAGGAAAAACGAGUCAGGCGUUGAUGCACUUUAGGGCCCGCGUUAUAGAUUUGUUGUAUAUUUAUUUAGAUAUUUGUCCGUCCAUGGCGGUCACUCUAGAUAUGAUCGUGCCACUUUUUGCUCUGCUAGAAUUCUGUAUAAAGGACCCACAUCAGGAACCACUUGCGCAUAAAAUUCGAUCUUGCUUGAAAAAGUUAUCGACAGUGAAGAAGUUUAAAGAUACAACGGGCGUCGACGAUACCUUAUUAACGACAGUGUUGAAGGCUUUGAUCGAAAAGGGAGAGCGUUCCGUUUCAGUCUGUCAAGAACUCAAUGAUAAAUUGGCGGAAUGCUGCACCUUCCUCGUAAGAUGCGCGCAACAGGCCAACUUGUCUACCAAAAGUAUCGUAGAAAUUUAUGGUGAAAAUUUAACUGCGUUCUUUAAGAAAAGAGACUGCGUACUCUCGUCUAUGCUAUUUAAAGGUAUAUUACAGUUGUGUUGGGAAGAUAACUGGCAACUGGCGCUUCUACUGGUGGACUUUGCCUUUGAUAGCAGUAUUCGGUACUUCCGUAGGAAUCAGGCACUCGAGCUGUUAUUAAUUUUCUAUAACAAUAACCGACUGUUGAGUAUAAAUACGAAAUAUGCCGACGUGAGAAUGAAAUUAGAAACGACACUUUGUAGAAACACUAUUGACACACUCAAGGAAACAUGCGAUCUGAAGGACAAUGGACAAUCUACUUUAAGCAAUAAUAUUAGCUCACAAAGAAAAGUUCGACAGAAAUUUAUCGGGCACCUUUUGAUCCUUCUGCGCGUCGUUCGCGCGCGUUUGCACCAUUUGCCGCAAGCGUGGGAUUGGCAGGCAGUUAAAGUGGCAUUAACUGAGUACAGAAGUCAAAACGCUCUUUCUGGAGAUGCGAAAAUUGCCUACAACAAGUUGGCAAGAGAGAUUGGAGUGCCUCUCAACGUGCCAUUAAUGAAGGAUUCUAAACUGAAUAGUUCCGGCGGUCCUGUUUUACAAAGUAAUGGCAAGCAAACCAAUGUUGGAUCUCAAAACGGAAAAGCAAGUGAUUCGGAAGAAGAGAAGGAAAAAGAGGAAGAGGAGCAAAAAGAGACCACACAUAGUGACAAUGGGCAGAAGGAAAGAAGAAAGAAUAAGAGUAAACAAAGGGAUAAACGAUUAUUGAAAAAAGAGGCGCGUGAAUUACGCGCGAAAGUUAUGUCUCAGGAUAUGGAGAUGUUCAAAUUUAGCAGUGUCAGUUUCCCGGAAAACGCGGAAGCUGCGACGGAAAUUAUUGAAAAUGGGGACUCGCAUGACAAGCCUACGAACUCGCCACAAAAAAGAAAUCGAACGACAGAAGGCGGCCGCGAGACUAAGAGAAGAAAAAGCAUCGAUCGUGUUUGAUUCAACUUAUAAAUUUGGAAAGAACAAAAGAUGAUAAAAUACGCGUACGAAAAUCAAGACGACUAUUUGGAAUACACGUCUGUCCGUAUUUCAGAUUUUGACGGAGUAUUUUUAUACGUGAAAUAAGGUCUGUGCACACGUACAGUUAUGAUUAUUACGUUAUAAUUGUUUUGUUGUCUUAUGAAAACGAGUAAGCGAUACAUUGAUGACUUAAAAAUUCACGUUAGUAUUGAUUUGGUUUCUUUUUAUAUUUCUUCAAUCUAAUGUUAAAGAACUGAACAUAUAAAAACGCAAAUUGACUUUUGGCUAAUUACCAUAAAGUCUGAAGAUAAAUAACUAUUUUUAGAACAACUCGAGUUAUCAUUCUUAUCAUAAUUAUGUGUUUGUAUAGUUAUAUCUCAAAUGGCUUUUAACGACUUUUGAUGGUUAUUUUUUGUUGGAAAAGUUUGUCUUAAUUCCAAUCACAAACUUAUUUUUAUUAAAAUACAUUGAAUAUGUUAUAUUUUGUUUUCAAUUAUUUAUAUGUACAAUUUAUCUUACUAAAAUAAUUGUGAUAACAAGCUUGGAUAUGUAAAUGUACUCUAAACGUUGAUCAGAAUAUCUUUUCUGAAAAGCCAUUCUCGUUUUUUAUAAUGUUGUAUAACGUUUUGUAUAACUCCCAUGUUAUAUCAAUAAAAAUAACUCUGUACAGAGAA